AUGAGACGGUUUCAUUUGGUUGCCCAGAGAUGGGGCAGCCGGCCGUCUGUCUAUCGGGCUGCUCGACAACAGUCGGUCUUUACGACUCUCCAUAGCAGAUACUGUUCUUGCUCUGCGCCGUCAGAAAAGUCGACCCCUAAUAUCAAACAAACUUCUGCAGCUCCAGCAGACCACAGGGCCCUCGGAACAGCCCAGGAACUCUUCACCAACUCCAUCUAUAGCCCCGGAUCGCCGCUCUUCCGCCCCAAUGGCACCCACAUCCUCAACAAGCUCAUCUCCUUUCUCCGGGCGCAAUACAAGCAAUACGGCUUCCGCGAAGUCCUCACGCCGAAUAUCUAUAAACAAUCUCUCUGGGAGGUAUCAGGACAUUGGCAAAAUUAUAAAGAUGAUAUGUAUGAGGUGGCUGGCCGUGGGAAUACAGGCGAAGUUGAAGGGUCUGCCGCGGGGGAGGACGAGACAUAUGGGUUAAAACCAAUGAACUGCCCAGGCCACUGCCUUUUGUUUAAAUCUCAGAAACACUCGUAUCGGGAACUCCCUGUCCGAUAUGCGGAUUUUAGCCCUCUUCACAGGAAUGAGGUUUCCGGUUCGUUGUCGGGGCUCACUCGAGUGAGGAGGUUCCAUCAGGAUGAUGGACAUAUAUUUUGUCGUCCAUCGCAAAUUGGAAGUGAGAUACAGUUGGCGCUAAAAUUUGCGGAUACUGUCCUCCAAACGUUCGGACUUGCGGAUGGAUAUAGACUUGUUCUCUCUACGAGGCCGGAGAAGGACUUCAUCGGCAGCUUGGAGCUAUGGGAGACUGCAGAGCAGCAGCUCCGACAGGCGUUGGAUAACAGCGGUCUAAGCUGGGAACUUAAUGAGGGAGAUGGCGCGUUUUAUGGGCCAAAGAUUGAUUUACAGAUUCAGGAUUCCCACGGGAAAUAUCACCAGCUAUCUACUAUACAGUUGGAUAUGAACUUACCACGGAGAUUUGAGUUGGAGUAUCUGGUCCCCGAAGGCUCAGAGGAGUACGAUCCAGCUACUGGUGGGAUAGCGACCCCUGUUUUGAUCCAUAGGGCGAUAUUCGGCUCGCUAGAGCGGUUUUUUGCACUCUUGAUCGAACGAUACAAUGGUCAAUGGCCAUUCUGGCUCUCACCUCGCCAGUCAAUUCUUGUCACUGUCGGAGGAGAUGAGCAGCUCACACGAGCUGCAGAGGACGUUGUGGCUAAAAUAUCCGGAUACCAACCCAUCACUUCCCACCGGCCUGCAGAAAGCAAUCUCCCUCUAUCACCGCUACAGCCGACAUUCAACGUCGACCUCGACCCGUCAAAUAGAUCCCUAGCCAAAAAACUGCGCGAAGCAUAUACUGCGAAAUACAACCUCGUCUUCAUCAUGGGCCCCAAAAACGUCGCUGAAGGGUCGAUUGAUAUCGACUUGUUCGGUCAAGUUAACGGCAAGAGUGAAGAGGAAAUCAAGGCGUUGUUGCACGGCAUACCAUGCUGGAACGUGUCCGUCUCGACGUCCGGUGAAAGGACCAAGGCACAGAUAAGGAUGAAGGUCGAUGACGUACAUGCCUGGCUUGUCGAGCUGGAGAGAAGGUUCCUAUGA